AUGGGGUAUCCUCCAGGUCCUCCUCGUGGACUGAGUGACAAGAAGAGAUACUAUUAUUCAAACAACCCUAAUCGAAGGCAUACGACGUCUUAUCCUAGGAAAAGCUAUUCUAACUCCACUCCUGGAUUUUUCCCUCAACCGAAUCCUGAGAAUCCAGCAAGUCUGCCGUCUACCCAGUCUAUUAAACCAACUUCUCAACCGGCACUGUCAACAACAUCGAAUGGAAACAGUUCAGACUCUAAAAGACAAUCACGUUAUGAUCCAAACUCAUCCAUAAGACCUGCUUCGGCUUCCCAAUUCAAACCUCAAGUGCCUCCAAAUAGAGGUUCCACAAGUCGAUAUAAUUCUUCGUUGGAGGCACCACCAGUGUAUGCACCACCACCAAUAUCGAAACCCAUUGAUUCUACUACAAUAAAUAAUGUUAAGCCAAUCCGCUCACGAUAUUCAGGUAGCACCCUGAACAGGUACACCAUACAAUCUACUUCCAGCCAAACUCCUGCAUCAUCAUCUGUUCGAGGAGUUAGCAUCUCACCUUCAUCUUCUCCUCUGUUAACACAGCAGCAUCCAAUGAAGAGACAAAGGAUGGCAUCGUCCUCUGAAUUAAACAAUAACGAAGCAUUACAACGAACCCAUCACGAUAUAAAAGAGAACUCAACCAUUUCUCAAAAUUCCAUCCAAAACCCUAAUAAUAUUCCUAAUUAUUAUUCUAGAAGUAAUACAUGGAAAUCACAUGGAGCAUCAACAAAACCAGAUAUGUCAAAUUAUAAUAUAUCUUCUUCAACUACAUCAACUUCUCAACCAACUAUUUUGAAAAACCAUAAACGUUCUUUAAUCGAAUCGACUUCUACGGAAGUUGAAACAAACCACAUUGGAAACAACGAAGAUAGAAACAGAAGGGUGUCCAAUGAACACUUUAACAAAGAUCAACAAUCAUACAAAGCUCAUAAGGAGACUCAUAAACAUCAUGCUUCAUUCAAUUCAAGUUCCAAUCCACAUUCUUUGGGAUCAAGUUUAUUUAAUUCUGUACCAAGGACAACAAGAGAAACUGAGCAUAAAGCUGCAAGCGAUUUUAAGAAAGUGAAAACAUUGAAGGAGGAGGAACCUAAACCAACAAAGGAACCUUUUAAGGAAAAUCACCAAAACAAGCUCAUGCACACUUCAAACGAAAAAUCACAAAAGGAGAAGCAAAUAUCAGGUAUGUGGUCUGCUCCUUCUAAUUUUCAACAAUUAUCGCCAUCAUACUCUAAUGAGGAUAAAUUUUCCUCUUUAAAACAACGAGAUGAUGAAACAGUUAAAGGGACAAGAGAAAACAAGAUAUCAAAAGAAGUUAUUGCACGACCAGUAGAAGAGUACGAAUACAUCCAUGAUCCUAAGCAAUUGAAAACUAACAUUUCAGCAUUGGCCUUUCAAAGUGUUACGAUACCAUAUAGUGAACCAAUCAAGCCAAUUACUUCAUGCAUUUUUCCAUUAACAGAAGUCGAGACGAAAUUAUGGGAGUUGAAGAACCGAAAAAGAUCAGAGGUCAUUUCGAGGCAAAAAUAUCGUUUAACCGAUCCCAUUUUUUCUAUUAAAGAAUAUCCAUUUAUUGAAACCAACAUGUUGGUUUAUAAACAAUCAAUAAGAACUACACUUUCUCGUGGAAUAUCCCAUAUCAAGAGAUAUGAUUUCUGGAAAGGUUUAGAUUUAAAAAAAAAAUAUUUUGAUUUUGAGGCUCGAUGGGAAACCGAUUGUUCCACCAUGGAUGCAAUGAGUAAUGAAUUGAGAAGUGAAGAAAUUGAAAUGAAGUUAAAGUUAAAGGAAGAACAAGAGUUAAAGGAGAAAAAAGAGAAAGAAUUGGAAGAGGAGAAAAAUCAAACCGCCAAUCGAAGAAGAAAUAGAGCUGAUUUUGUAGAUGAUGAUGAAAUGGAAAAUGUUUUACUCCAAAUUGAUCCAGAUUACAAGCAUCAUCAGGCCGCUGCUAUUAUCCCAACUCAAAUAAUAAACCCCUUGGACAAGUUUACUAUUAAUUUCAAAGAUGUUAACAAUCUUGUUACGGAAAAAGAUAAAUGGGCUUCAAGAAUAUUGAAGGACGGUGUUGAUACUUUCACAGAUAAUGAACACGAAUUAUUUGUUGACGGUUAUUUAAUGCAUCCAAAGAAGUUUGGGAAGAUAUCUCAUCAUAUGGGCGGUUUGAGAACUCCCGAAGAAUGUGUUUUACAUUACUACAGAACCAAGAAAAUGGUGGAUUACAAGAGUUUGCUUCUAGAAAAGAACAAGAAAAGAAAGAGCACGACAGCCGCCAAGCGUCGCAAGAAAAAAGGGGUAUUGGAAGAAAAUGACUCGCUAUUGCUUGAUCAUGAUUCAGAUAAAGAAGCUGUAGCAACUGCACCUGAAAUUAGAGACGAUAGUACGCAUAGAAAUGACGAUACUCAAGAAAUAGUGCCGGUGCAAAACCAUGUGGAAGAAACUGAAUCACCUAAGAAGAUGGAAGAAAUCGUGGUAACCAAACAAUCUCUUCUUGAAUCCCGAAACAUUUUAGUCCAGGAUCCACAACUUGUUCAUGCACCAUCAGCCACCAGCCAAUUUUCUAACGAUACUAUAAAUGAAAGUGAUAUUGAAGAUGAGGAAAAAGAUGCGACAUCUCCCGACUUUAAUGACACUGUUUCAGACACACAUUCGAAGAUCGUUGACGAUAAGACACCUCAUCUAACCGUUGACCAAUCACAAAUUAAGGAACAGGAACCAAUUCAACCAUUAGGACAUGACAACAGUCAAAGUAUUGAGAAUAUGGAUGAAAUAAAUAGCCAUUUGGAUGAAAAUGGGCAAAAGAAGAAGCAGAAACCAAACCCUGAUCAUAAAUCCAGUUAUUGGAGUGUAAGAGAAGCGUAUGCAUUCCCAGAACUAUUGAAAGAAUUUGGCUCACAGUGGUCCCUUAUUUCUCAAAAAAUCGGUAGCAAAUCAACUACGAUGGUAAGAAAUUAUUAUCAAAGAAAUUCUGCACAUUUUGGUUGGAAACUUUUGGUAGAAGAUGCUGACAAUAGGAGAAAUGCAAUUAGAUCUGGAUCGGUACAUCAAUCACAAAUGUUAUUACAGCCUGAACAGAUGCUCCCAACUCUUUCUUCAGGGAUCCCCCCUCAACAAAGGCCUGCAUUACAUUUUUUUGGAAAUCAGUCAGAUCUUGAUCAUAGGUAUUCGCAAGGUGCUGGAACUCCAACCAACCCUUUCCACUCGGAGAUUGGCAGAGACUCCUUUUCGGUAGUCACUACACCAAGUACAGCUUUACCUCCACCUAGAUUACCAUCUAUUCAAUUACAAUCGCACGAGCCAAGUUUCCCAUUGAAUGUUUCUCAGCAGCAAGCUACUAACGUUCCACAUAUGACACCCGUUCCAAGUAGUAAUGUCACUAAUCCAUUACCGACUGUUACAGAAUCGGGUCGUACGGGGAGUUCUACAUCCGCUGCUAAUGUUAAUUCAAUCCAAAGUAUUUUGAAUGCCGAUAGCAAGCAAUCGGAUUCGUUUCAUUUACCUGUAUUCAAGCCCACAGAACCGGCAUUACCUUCUUCUAAUGGAGAUAGGGUGAUAAUUCAAGGUCUGUCUACACUUAAUCACGAACCAAGAACGAGUUCUUUAUCAGCAAUUUUGAACCCUGAAGUAAAGCAAUCCACCAUUCACCAUCCGAUGACGAAUAUGGAAGUGCGGAGACAAAUUACUCAACCAACUGGAGAGCUGCCAUACCAACCUUUACAGACCGCAAUUCCUUCAGCAAUGGCACCACAAGGAAUUAAUUUUGCCAAUGACCCCUUAGCUGCUUUGGCGGCAGUUGCAUCUGCCCCUGAAAACAUGUCAUCACUUCUCCCCAAUGACAAUUCUAACCGUGGCAACGCCCCACCAACCAGCCACAAUUAG